UCCCUGUUCCACUCGUCCUGUCGUGUUUUUGACUGCAGGAAUGGAGUUUUUAAACAGGGAUUUAUUUAUUUAUUUAUUUGUUUGUUUGUUUUGAUAGGGAAACUUAAAACAGCACAUGGUCAUUGUUAGCCUUAGAUGUCGCCCGCUAAGGCUCAACUCGCCUCUGUGGGAUCACAGUUCAAUGAAUUUGUUGACCUUCAGAAUGCUUCGACCCACAUAUUUUUGUAGACUCUACAAAGACUUUCUUUCAUGCUCUUUGCAAUCUGGCAUGAUUAAAUUAGGGACCUGGCCCAAAAAUAUGCACCGUACAACUGAAAGAUAUAGUGAAUGUGAAACAGAGGAGCAAACGUGCAAAUAUGGAGCUCAGCAGUUAAGCCAAAAUCAAGAUGAAGACUCUAAAGCUGUAGUUCAAUUACAUAUUCCGGUAAUGGUGAAUGAAGUUGUUCGUUGUUUGGCACCACAAAAAGGGCAGAUUUUUCUAGAUAUGACAUUUGGAUCAGGAGGACAUACAAGAGCCAUGCUACACAAGGAAUCAGAUAUUACUCUGUAUGCCCUAGAUAGAGACCCAACGGCUUAUGCAAUAGCUGAAAAGCUUUCAGAAUUAUAUCCGAAACAGGUCCAACCUUUGCUAGGCCAGUUCAGCCAAGCAGAAGCCUUAUUAAUAAAAGCUGGAGUGCGGCCAGGGACUUUGGAUGGAGUUCUUUUGGAUCUUGGGUGUUCCUCCAUGCAACUUGAUGCUCCUGAAAGAGGUUUUUCCCUUCGGAAGGACGGCCCCUUGGACAUGAGGAUGGAUGGUGACAGGUACCCUGACAUGCCCACCGCUGCUGAUGUUGUGAACGCUUUAGAUCAACAAGCACUCGCAUCCAUCCUGAGAACAUACGGGGAAGAGAAGCAUGCCAAGAAAAUAGCUUCUGCAAUCGUUCAGGCACGCAGCAUCUACCCUAUCACUAGAACCCAGCAACUUGCCAGCAUCGUUGCAGGUGCAUUUCCUACCUCUGCUACUUAUGCACGGAGAGACUUGCUCCAGCGGUCUACACAUAUUGCUACCAAGACUUUCCAAGCUUUGCGCAUAUUUGUGAACAAUGAGCUCAAUGAACUCUACACAGGACUCAAGACAGCUCAAAAAUGUUUGAGGCCUGGUGGUCGCCUGGUUGCUCUCUCCUUCCAUUCCCUGGAGGAUCGAAUUGUCAAACGAUUCUUGCUUGGGAUCAACAUGACAGAAAGGUUUAACCUGAGUGUUAGGCAGAAAGUGUCACGAAUAUCAAGACUGGAUUCAGCUCAGAAAAGUGAGGAACGUGUCUCUACGAGGGAUCCUUUGAUGUGGGAGUUGAUACACAAGAAGGUGCUCAUUCCCGAAGAUAAGGACGUACAGGACAACCCCAGAGGGCGCUCGGCCAAACUCAGAGCUGCUAUUAAAUUAUGCAAAUUAUAAUUUGAUUACAAAAGAUUUUCCUAACAAUUUUUUAAAAUCUUUUUAUGUGAUGUUACUGAAAAGCUUACUAUACAAGAUAUGGGAAUGACUUGACAUUGCAAUAUUUGGUUUGUUCUUCAAAAGAGGAGCGAGGAAAUAGUAACAUGACCAGGUAAAUAAAACGAACCAUCAUUGAAGAACUGCCACAUUGCCUUUAUAAUAGUAUUACAUUUUACUAUUGAAAUGCUGCCCUUUCUCUGAACAAGGAAUUUUGAAAGAAACAAAACAGAACUAUGUUGUAUUUUAGAUAUCUAAACAUGCAAAAGCAAACUGUCAAAGAGAGUGAUAGUAUAAUUCUAUCGGCAUGCCCUACAUUCUUUAUUUAGAUAUUCAAAUUUCAACAGACUUUUUAUGCUUCAAAUAAUCAUCAUUAUGGGUUGGAAUUUAAAUCAAUUAAGAAUAAUUAUAAUUAGUUUUUGAAAAAGUGGACUAUAAAACUUAAAAUUUCUCAAAUAUUCUUAAAAUGCAUUCUAGAGAUAAAGUUCAUGGUUCAGAUUGUUAUGUCAAAUAAAAUUUUCAGUACAAUGUA